AUGAUAGGCAACAAUGGAUCUCUUGUAGACCGAUCGAUCUGUGAAGCUCCUGUGAAAAAGUCGGAAUCGGCAUGCGAUGGAUCGAUCGAUCCAAUAAGAGGACCGAUCGAUAUUAGCGACAUAGAGAGGACGGUUGGUUUCAAGGUUUAUAAGAUGGACAAGAAGUUGGUAGAAUGGGUAGAGGUUAGUUCCUUGGGAGACAAGGCAAUCAUUAUGUGUAUGGCGAGUUUUUUAAUGGUCUCAGCUUCCGAGUACUAUGGAUGUUUGGAGAACGCUAUCUACUUCACUGAUGAUGAUGGAAGAGAUAAAGUGAAGGGCGAAGAUGUUGUUAGAGUGUUCAAGCUUGAAGAUAACAUGAUUGAUUAUUCUUCUCAUAGUUUUUUAGAGAUGUUCAGAUUAUCUUGA